AUGGCUCCUCCAAGUGGAGACCUGUUGAAUGAGAAUGACAAAAUUAUCAUUGAAUUCUUGAAAUCCAAAUCGGCAAUCUUUACCAACCUUUUGCAAGUUCAGGAUGAAGUAUGGAAGUCUGCCGAAGCCGAUAAAUACUAUGAAGGACAAAAGGCACGUGCUGUUGUCACUGUUUCCGAAGCCCAGCGAACUGUCUUUUUCAACAUGAUGAAGGUACUUGGUGACAAGCUGCAAAAGAUUUACAAUUUGAUCCCUCCCCCCGCCAAGAGAAUGAGCUAUGAUGUUCUCGAUCUAUGCAUGGCACCUGGAGGCUUCACUUACACUGUGUUGAAAAGCAACCGUUACGCAAAAGUGUGUGCUAUCAGCCUGCCCCCGAGCGAAGGUGGAAUUGAAAUCUAUCUCGACGACUGGCAGAACAACCCACGACUCAAAGUCGAGCUGACUGAUCUCACUAUGCUUGCCGGUGAGAUUGGAUUCUCAAUCCCGGCAUCGCAGGACAAUCCUUCGCCUACUGCCAAGUUCUCAAACCGCACUCUGUUCCCUGGACAGCAGUUCGACCUCAUCUUUUGCGACGGACACGUUCUUCCCGCUCCUGAUUCGGAAGAGGAAUCCGGAUACAUCGCUCGUCGUCUCUUUGACGCGCAGAUUGCUAUGGCUCUGCAGAAAAUCAAGCCUGCUGGGACCUUCGUGAUGCUCUUGCACCAGGCCUGGACUCAACGCAACCUGCGGCUUCUGGAAGCAUUUAACCAAUUUUCUCAGCUCAAUCUCUUCAAGCCUUCUACCUGCCAUGCGAAGCGUAGCUCGUUCUAUCUCGUGGCGAAGAACGUGGAGCCCCAGCAUAAAAGAGCACGCCGGUUGCUUCGGGAGGCAAGAGCUUCGUGGAGAUUACGCACAGCCAAUGCAUUUGGUAUUGACAUCCCUGAGACCUCUCGUGAGGAGAGUGUUGAAGAAGAGCCCAUCAAGGAUAUCGUGGAAUCGUUUGGCGAGGAAUUGGUCAAUCUUGCUGAGCCUAUUUGGACGAUUCAGAUAGACGGUAUGACGAGGGCAUUCCUGCGGGGAAAGGAUGGUAAUGGUGAACAGGCAGGCGUGUAA